AUGGCAGCUUCCCCCUUUGCAAAGAGGUUACAGGAUGCACGGCUACCAAGCAAAGUGAAGCACGGUGCGUUCAUCCUUUACGAGACGAAUGCGGACCCCGUUGCUCACAUACAACAUUACCAACAGGCUAUGUUCAUGCAUGUUGGGGAUGAUGCCAUCAUGUGUAAGAUGUUCCCUUCGAGCUUGGGGAAGGUAGCCCUAUCCUGGUUCCAUAAGUUAGAACCACGCUCCAUACGAGGGUGGAUGCAGCUCGCUGAAGAGUUUACUGCUUGGUUCUUAACAAGUAGGAAAGUCCCCAAAACAUUUGAAAGCCUCUCCACGAUGGAACAGGGGGAAAGCGAGCCAAUCAGAGAUUACGCUAAGAAAUAUUGGGAAACUUUCAAUGAGAUUGAAAGCUGCAGAGAAGAACAUGCGAUUGCUACUUUUAAAACUGGCCUGCCUAUUCGGGGAGAACUACGCUGGUCAUUAAAUAUGCAUCCGGUAGCAACGUUGGCUAGGCUAAUGGAGCGAAUUGAGCAACAUGCCAGAAUGGAAGAUGACAUACUCCGAGAAGAUGGCAAGUUGGCUAACGAACAAGCCAAGGGGCCUACAAAGAAGGCAGAUAAACCAGAGCCCAAGACCUAUAGGGAAAGGAAAGAGUACGGGCAAGCUGAGAAAGACCCAUACAAAUAA